UCGCCCUGCCAAGACGUUCAACGUCUCGCUGCCGCAACGCCUUUAGCCGACAUUUUAGCCAACGUCCCGAGCAAUACGCGAUUUACACACCCCCAUAUAGCCAAUAAUAACGAAUCAUAAACGUAACGAAACGUGCCCCCAAUAAAGUAUUGAAACAAGAAAUAUAUGUAUAUAUUUUAUUUUAUGCUUACUAUUGCUGCAAGCGCAAAGCGGAAGUACAUCGCGUGUGUGUGAAUUCGCGAGUGUGCACGUGUGCACGUGUGUGUGUCUCUGUUUGUCGGCCAGCAAUGAGUUUCGAUUUCAUUUCGCUUUGAACGCACAUAGAGAAUAGCAGCGCCCAGAAUACUGCACAUAUUACAUAGAGGGGACAGGCUAUCGGUCAACUGAUUACACGGGGCCAGCAACUCCGAAACUGCCCAAUGUCAGCCACAUCGGUUAGCCAGCACGUUAUCACCCAGCGACAACUGCGACACCUCUGAAGCUCUGAAUUUUAGUUUACUGCUCUGUGCCGGCAGUAAAUGGGUUAAAAUUAUGUACAUUAAUCGCCGAAUGAAUGUCGAAUCAGUUAGAGAGACUGCUGUUUUUUAUUGUGGUGAUUUCAGGUGCAUUAUGUACAGUAGAAGAUUACGUAAUAAUGUCACAGUGUGCACACAACAAAGCCAUACACCUAGCUGCGGAAGGAACAGUCUCAGUGACAGACACUUCACAGAUACAAAAUAUAACGAUAGUCGGCUUCCCGGAUUAUCUGAACAACGAAUUCAAAAUAGCACUGUACGCAAAAGAAACUCAAAGAUAUUUGUGUUUCAACGACAAUUGGAGAUUAGUUGGCAUGAGGGAGCUGCGAGAUACCUGCUAUUUCAACGAGACCAUCGUGCACGGUUAUUUCGUGUUCCGUUCCGUUGUCGAUCUGCAGCGACGUGUCGGGUUCACGCACCGAGGUAAGCCUGUGGGGCCCAAGAAGAGCGUCAACGAUGCCUGCUACAUGUUCAACAAGAUCGAGGCCGAGCAGUUUUUCCGCCAUCACCAUAACAAUGGCAACAGUGGCAACAACAAUGGCAAUGGCAGUGGCAGUGGCAGUGGCAGUGGCAGUGGCAACGGCAAUGGCAAUGGCAGCAACAACAGUCGCAAGCCCCCGCGCAACAACAAAAACAAUCGCCACAAAUCGAAUAACCAAAAUCAAAAGUUGCAACAGCAACAGGAGCAUCAUGGCCAUAAUAAUAAUAAUAAUAAUAAUAAUAACGUUAUUCUUAAUAAUAGUAAUACUAGUUUAAGUAGCACUAACAAAAAGCAACUAGCAAUAAACAGGCAGAGGCAGCAACAGCAACAGCAGCAGCAGCAACAUCAGGUGCGACAUCAUCACAAUGAUCCAUCGCUGCUGCUGCGACGACAGCAACACGAGAAGAAGCAGAAGCGGCGCAAGCAACAGAAGCAGCAGCAGCAACACCAACAACGAGUAUCAGCUAGUCCAACGAAUCCGAUGCCUGCAACACCCACAGCAGCACCAUCAGCAACAGCAACCUUUGCAGCCACCUCCCCGGCAACAGCAACACCAACGACAACGGCAGCAUUGAGCAGCAAGCGCAAGGGCCGGCGAAGAAAGGCCAAGGUCAGGCCAAAGUCGCAGCAGCAGCAGCAGCAACAGCAGCAGUUGCAGCUACUUGCCACGGCAGCAACAACGCCCUACACCGACGACACCCUGUACGGCAGCAGCAGUAGCAGCAGCAGCAGCAGCAGCAGCAGCACGGUUUUCGAAGACUUGGACAUCUACAAUAGCAGCAGCAGCAGCAGUGGGAGCAGCAGCAGCUUGGAGCCCUGGUCCACUUGGUCCACGAUCGAUAGCUUUAGCGGCAGCAGCACAACGGCAACAUCUGACGACAGUAUUAGCAGCAGCAGCAGCAGCAGCAACUACGACGCCUGGGCCACCUACAUCACCGAAAUGGAGGCAGAGGCAUCCGCCAUGACGCCCGAGAUGGGCGGCAACGACACCGAGCUGCUGCAGUACGAGGCCGAGUUGGUGGACGAUCCGGAGGCGGAGUCCACGGCGACAAUUGAAACCAAAGCAACAACAGUAACAUCAGCAACAUCAGCAACAUCAGCAACAUCAGCUACAUCAGCUACAUCAGCUACAUCAGCUACAUCAGCAAUAGCGGCAACGGCGGCCACAUCUACCUCGACAGCGAGCUCCCAGCUGGUGAUAGAGCAGACGCCGCUGGCCAGGAGCAACAUCAGCAACAAUAGCAGCAACAGCAGCAGCAGCAGCACGAAAGCAACACCAACGGCAACCAUUCAGACUGAAACAGCACAUAGCACGCAACACCCAAGCAGGCAUCGCAGCCACAGCAGGGAGGAUCGCCAGGAUAAUUCCGACAUAUUGCUGGCGGGCGAGAACGAAGUGAAGCCACAACAGCCGCGCAAGUUGCUGUGGACAGUGCAACCACCGCUUGCAACACGUGGCAGCACGCUGGCAACAUUGGUGGCAACACCAGCGCAGCAACUCACCAGCACGACAGCAACGGCGACCACGACACCGGAGCAACAUGUUGCACCAUCACUCUUCAGCGUGGACAAGAACAUCAACAGCAACCUGAACAACACGCUUACGGAGGCUUCGCCCACGGCAGCAUCAACAUCCAGCAUUACGGCGGCAACCACCAUGAAGAGACCCAUCCGGAAGUUCACCAAGAAGCUAAUGGCCACGCCCUACCACCAGCUGACCUAUGUGCGCAAUGCGGGCGGUGACAUCGACAUCGAUAACCUGGACAACAUCAGCGUGUAUCCCGUUCUCUACGAUGGCGACCUGGAGGGCAAUGGCGGCGGCAACAGCUCCGAUGGAGGCUUCAGCGGGUUCCUGCCCACCUCGACCACCUCACAUCUGACGGAACCGAUUCGCAUCGGCAUGAACAGGAUCAGGCCGAAUAAGACACUGCAUUGGUUCACUCACCAGAGAUUUGCGUAGUUGCGCAGGGAUUGGCGCUCUUUGACUAUUAGAUCUUUAAAAGGACUGCUCGAAUUUUUACUUUCACAGAUAAUACAUAGCCACUACUUUCCGAAGUGCAAAAUUUGAAUAAAUUAAUCGGCACAUAAUAAUCUCAAGUCAAAAUCAAAAUGCAUACAAUCAGUUUGACCAUCAGCUCUGUGAAAUAAAAUAUAAUAAUUUCCAAA